UUGGGGAAUUCUUUGGUUAAUACCUACCUAUAUUAUCGUAGUGUUACCCCCUGACAGUAUUUUUGAGAAAGAGAGAACCUUCACUACAUAUCUCCAAAGCUUUCUCUUCUACCCAAUUCGAGAUUAAUCUAUACAAAACACAUCAAUGGAAGAGCGCAAUCCUAUCACGUUUCCCUUGGAGGGAGAAGCCAAGUAUCACCUGAUCGGGACUCACACACGGUACUCUAGCUGGACAUCUCGUGUGGCACUAGUGCUGGAAUACUUUCAACUUCCUCAUAAAACAACAUUUAUCAAACUAGCUGAUGUGAAAAAGCAUUCCAAGAGCGGCCUCGUUCCUCUUCUUGUUCCAGUUUCCCCAAAAAUAGACAUUCAAAUCAAUGAGUCCCUGUCAAUCUGCGAAUUCCUUGCGGAGUCACAUCCCGAGCUCCCCCUGUGGCCCAAAGACCGUGAGCUUCGAGCACUGGCAAGAAGCGCGGUUUCAGAGAUGCACUCCGGAUUUCAAGAAAUUCGAAAUACUUAUCAUACCAACUUCAUAGCGAAGUAUACAGGGAAGAUUCCGAUUACUGAGCAAGGCAGGAAGGAAAUUGACAGGAUACUUUUUUUGUGGGAUCAAUCCAGGGCUAAGACGGCGCAAAAGUUGAAGGAGUUAGGAGACCAAGAUGAAGGAUUCUUGUUUGGGAAGUUUGGAAUUGCUGAUGCUUUCUUCUGGCCUGUCUUGUGGCGUUUCCGAUCCUAUAAUCUUCCGCUGGCAACUGCCUCCCCUGAGGUCCUUGCUUGGAUGAAAAAAAUGUGGAGUGAUCCGACUAUCAAGAUGCUGAUCAAAGACUACUUCAAGCAAGCUGAGGAUCCCGAGACCUCUGUUGAUAAGUAUGAUGAUAUCUUCAAAGGGAAUCCAGAUAUCUGUUAUGGACGAUUUGAGGAGAACUGGGAGUUUAUGACCGCGUGAGUCCUGGAGCUGUGUGGCGGCUUUUCUAGAGUGGUGGC